GCUGACAAAUUUUGGAAACAAUUCUAUGGUAAAAAUUACGAGUAUGGGAUGACAACUAUCUAUGUUGGUGAAAGAUUUUGGAAUGUGAUGAUGAAAGGAUGGAUUGAUGGAUGCGGAUUUACUGAUGGAUGGUCAAAGUUGAUUGAAGAAGUUCCCAUACCAGUUGAAUCUUGGUUGGUUUUCAGCAUGAUUGCAUCUAAAAUGUUUGAGCUUUCCGUUUUCCAUUCCGAUACUGGAACUGAGGUUUCCUUCAAGAAAGCUGAUGUACUUGUUUUGGAUGAUUCAGUUUAUGGAGAUGAUGGGUUUGAUUUAUUGGCUGCGGCUAAACACAAACAGCUUCUGGAUUCUGGGGAAGUUGCUUUGGAUGAUGAGGAUACUGGAGCUUCGGUUGGUAAUUCUAAGCAGUUUACGAGUUUUGAGGAUAUUUUUAAUGUAUAUAUAUGCAUGUAACAUUUAUAUAUUAUUAUGAUUUAAAAUAUGGUUUCUUAUAUAUGAUCCUUCUUAUAAA